CCGAUGAGCGAGCAAAGUAAUUUGCAGACACAGGCAGCAGAGAUGAAUGAGAAAGGAAACAGUCAGAACUAGCCGUUAGAAAGGGAACAGUAAACAAGGUGUAGCUGCACAAAAAGAGAAAAGUGAAGAAAGUGAACGCUGUCCUGUCGGAGCGCUUUUUUGGAAGUUAAUUGCAACCCAAUCCAGCGGCAAAGAACAGGCAGACCGUUUUCAAGUGGGAUGCUUUACCUAGCGUUUUCCCGCAUGUACAAAGAUGUGAGUUUUGAAGAACUAUUUAUUUUUUCCUUACAACUCCCUCUCCCUAUAUUCACUGGAAUACGUGUGGCAAUGGCUGCAUUUAGCUGUUACUUUUGGAAGAGUUAACCUGUACACGUCGAAGACCAGAAAAAAAUGGAAAUCUUCAAAUGUAUGCAACUCUGGCUUGUGUGGUUUCAUGUGAAGGAGCUGUAAUAUAGCCUUAUUUAUUUAUUUAUUUAUUCUUGAGCUUUAAUGGUAAAGACAUGGAGUAUUUCUUUAGACGAAAAAGGGUUUUAAAAACUCUUCUGAGUUUGUCUCUGCUGUUUGCAACGCUGGUAAUGAUUCACAAAUACAAGCUGGUUGAUGAGAGAGCUAAGGACAGUAUGCUGCCUGUGAGGACGCAGGAGGCUCUGGGAUGGUUUCAGCUGGACAACAACGUUUACCAAAGCAACACGAUACUCAAAGGCGGUUUAAGCAAUAACAAUUCACCACAUGGACUCCCAGACAGUUCAGAGGCGGCUAAUUUGACCGCUGUAUCGAACGCCACCGCCUGGGAUAUCAAACUGGUCAAUUGCACCGAGAACUCGGGGCUGAAGAAAAAGGAUUGGUUUAAACGCAUGGACCCGAGGUUUCACCAGUUUGUUCUGUACAGGCACUGCAAAUACUUCCCAAUGCUCAUAAACCACCCCGAGAAGUGCAGCGGGGACGUGCACUUGUUGAUGGUGGUGAAGUCGGUCAUUGAACAGCACGACAGAAGGGAAGCGGUGCGGAAGACGUGGGGCAAGGAGCAAGAGAUAGAUGGAAAGAAAAUCCGGACUUUGUUUCUGCUGGGGAGCCCCUCCGCGGGGAAGGACUCCAAGAACCUGCAGAAACUUGUUGAGUACGAGGACAGAAUAUACAGAGACAUCCUCCAGUGGGAUUUCAUGGACACUUUCUUUAACCUCACCCUCAAGGAAGUUAACUUUCUCAAGUGGUUUAAUAUUUAUUGCCCCCGGGUGCAGUUCAUCUUCAAAGGAGACGACGAUGUCUUUGUGAACACGAACAAUGUUUUGGAGCUGCUAGGUUUUAGGAAGGAAGACCCGAAGGUGGGCGGCUUGUUUGUGGGGGACACUAUUUCAAAAGCAGUCCCGAUUCGGAACAGCCAGAGUAAGUACUUCAUACCCAAAGAGCUUUAUGACAAGCCCUACCCUCCCUAUGUCGGUGGGGGCGGAUUUCUCAUGGCUUCUGGACUGGCCAGGAAAUUAUUUGCCGUUUCUGACGACACCGAGCUGUUCCCCAUAGAUGAUGUGUUUCUGGGCAUGUGUCUUCAAAAAGCUGGCCAUGCUCCAGAACUGCACCCAGGGUUCAAGACCUUUGGGAUAAUGAAACGCAAAGUCAGCCCCAUGAACAACGACCCCUGCUUCUAUAGAAACCUGCUGGUGAUCCACAAACUGAGUCCUGAGGAGCUCCUUAAUAUGUGGAAGAUUGUCUUUAAUGAACAUCUAAUCUGUUCCAAAAGGAUUAUACUACACUGAAUCCAAUGCACAGUGUAACCGUGGAGCAUAUGCAUCUCCUGGCCGGUUUGUAUUGUGCAAGUUUGAGUGUAUAUCUUAUACAUCUUAGGAACCCGGCGAUCGGUAAAAGCUGUUUACCAUUUUCAGAAAAAAAACAACAAUAAACACAAUUGUUUAAAUAUUACGUUUUUGAAGUAUAUGCUAUGAAAUGGUUAAGUAUGAAAACUUUGCACUUGUCAUAGACAACUACCUAUGAAACUGAAACUGUGGGCAGCGUUGAUUUCCUGCCAGAAUACUGUUGUUUGUACGUGCUCCAUAUUAUAUAUAAGUGAACCAACCGCAAAAAAAAAAAAACCCUACAGGUGGAUUGUCAUAUGUUCAACUGUUUUCC